AUGGCGGUCAACAAGCCCCUGCCCGCAAAAGAGAGCGCGCUCUUUCGUUCCAUCGUGAAAAAUUACGAAAUCAAGCAGUACAAAAAAGGACUAAAAGCGGCUGAUUCGAUAUUGAAAAAGUAUCCAGAUCAUGGAGAGACUUUGGCCAUGAAGGGACUCACACUCAAUUGUAUGGGUCGCAAGGACGAAGCCUAUGACUUUGUCAAGAAUGGACUGCGUCAUGACCUUCGUAGCCACGUUUGCUGGCACGUCUUUGGUCUACUUUAUCGCUCGGAUCUCAACUACAAUGAAGCUAUCAAGUGUUAUCGUAACGCGAUCAGGAUUGAUCCAGAGAAUUUGCAGAUCUUGAGAGAUUUGUACCUGUUGCAAGUGCAGAUGCGCGACCUCAAGGGCUUUGCAGAGACACGUCGCACAAUGCUUACGCUAAAGCCAAAUAAUCGGAACAAUUGGAUUGGUUUUGCCAUUGCUCAUCACUUAGUGGGCAAUUAUCAAAUGGCGAUUGACAUUAUUGAAAAGUAUUUCAGCACUUUGGAUGGUGAAACUGCUGCAAAUUAUGAAGACAGUGAGAUUUACUUGUACCAAAACCAAUUGCUGGAAGAAGCAGGUGACAUUAAAAUGGCACUGGCUAAUUUAGAGCAGAACAAGAAGCAUAUCACGGACACACUAGCGUGGCGUCAGAAGAAAGGGCAGUUUUUGCUGCAGCUUGAACGCUACGAUGAAGCGCGCGACGUGUUUAAUGAACUACUUGAGAUCAACUUUGACAAUUAUGAGUUUCAUCGUGGAUUGCAGUGCGCCAUUCUGAAACAGAAUGACAUGUUUGUCUCGAAGCCUACUCAGCAAAAGAAAGCGCCACUGCCGUCUGAACUUAUUGACUUUACGAAGGAGAAAAAUGGCGAGGAGCUGGAAAAAGCUUUUGCGGAUUUCUACGCGGAGAAAAAGACGACAGUCGGUGCGGAGUCGUUGAUUUCGCUACGGUUCCCGAUGGACUUCACACGCGGCGAGGAGUUUAAGAAGUACGCCGAUGUGUACCUCAAGAGGCAGCUGAACAAGAAGGUGCCUUCUCUUGGGUCGGAUCUGAAGCCGCUAUACGCUGACAAGGAUAAGGUGAAGGUACUGGAGGAGCUAAUCAUUGGUUAUAUGAAGACUCUGGAGGCCAAAAACCCGCUGGAUAUGGGCGAUAACUCGAUGGCAGCAAAUAUGACUGAAGAGGUCUUGCUGUGGACAAAGUACUUAGCGGCGCAGCACUAUGACCGCUUAGGCGACUAUACAAAAGCCAUGGAGUACGUUGAGAAAUGCAUUGAGCAGAAGCCGACCCUGCUGGACUUUUUGCAACGCAAGGCUCGUAUCUUGAAGCACAUGGGCGACCUCAACAAGGCAGCUGACGUGAUGGUUGAGGGACGUAAGUUUGAUCUGGCAGAUCGUUACAUUAACAACAAGGCCACAGAGUACCUGCUGCACGCUGAUCGUGUGGAGGAGGCUGACGCCACUAUUGCUCUAUUUACGCGCCACGAGGGCGACCCGCAGCAGAAUUUGUUCGACAUGCAAUGCAUGUGGUACGAGAUCGAGUGCGGCAAGAGCCAACUGCGCCAGCAGAAGUAUGGCCUCGCAUUGAAGCGCUUUUUUGCCGUGGAAAAGCACUUCAAUGACUUUGUGGAGGACCAGUUUGAUUUCCACACGUACUGCAUACGCAAGAUGACGCUGCGUUCGUACAUUCAGUUGCUGCGUCUCUGCGAUACGAUCUAUGGCCACCCGUUCUUCGUGGAGGCUGCUAAUGGCGCCAUCGCUUGCUACAAGGCUUUGGCGGAGAAGAAGGAGUUGAAGGCACAGGAGGAAGCAAAAAUUGCUUUGGCUAAUGCUGGCAUGUCUGCUGCCGAUAAGAAGAAGGCGAAGCGCGCUCUUGCUAAGGCACGUAAGGCUGAGUUUAAGAAGAAAGAGGGGGAGGAACUCAAUGCUAAACUGCACAAAGAGAUCGAGGAGAAGGAGCGUGAGGCGAGCAAGAAUGGAAAGGCCAAAGCAAACCCUGGCCCGACGCGUUCCAAGGACGACGACCCGUUUGGUGAAAAGCUGGCGGAGAAACCUGCCCUGGAGGAAGCAUGGCGCUUUGUAGCAAUUCUCCAGCGCUACGCCGCAGAUGACGUGAAGACGCACCUGGCUGCAUUCGACAUCGCUCUUCGCAAGAAGAAGUUCUUGCUGUGUUUGCAGGCUCUUCUGAAGGCGCAGGCGCUGGAAGAUGUGUCAGCGAAAGCCAAGACAGAGCUGAGCCUUCGCCAGACUGUGUUCCUGGAGGAGGUAAAGCAGGUGACAAACCCCGUCUUGCUUAAGGUCAUCAAUGAGAAGAAGGCUGAGCUGAAGAACUAA